AUGACAGUUUCGAGCACUUCCAUCAAUGCCCAUCCACCCGAGGAGGCCGGGCUGAGGAAAGUCGGCGCGAUGACGAUCCCGUACGGCACUCUAAGCAGAUCGCUUCCCUUCGCUAACCUGGAUCAGUACCGGUACUGGCAUGCCGUGGCGCCAAUGCUGGGGGAGAUGCUCGCCCGAGGUAACUACAGUAUCCAUCAGCAGUACGGAUACCUUACCUUGUUCGCCCAGGUGAUCGUUCCCAAACUAGGGCCCUUUCCCAGCCAACAGAAUAUCUACAAGUGUCUACUCGGGGGCACAGGAUCGGUGGAAUUGAGCCAGAAUAUCCAGCGCCGGGGGCUCACCACGCGGGUGGCCUUUGAGCCCACCAGCUACAUUUCAAGCACAGGCGUGGAUCCCUUCAAUCGUCAUGCUGUACAUGCCACACUGGCUGAGCUACGUAGCCUGGGCGCCACUCAAGUUGACAUGGAGCUGCACCACCGACUGGUGACUCAACUCACGCUGAGCGACCGCGAAGAGCAGCGCAUGAGCGCGACCCAAAUUGCCGAGACCGUCUGGCGCACGCAGACCCUGCUAGCGCUGGACUUGGAUCCGACUGGCGAGAUCACAGUCAAAGAAUAUCUAUACCCAGGGCUCAAGGCUCAAAUGAUGGGCAAAAGUGUUGCAGAGCUGUGUUUUGCGGCCAUCCGUUCGGUCGAUCACGAGGGAUGCUUCACCGCGGCAUUGAAGGCUAUCGAGCAUCAUAUGCAAGCCCAAACACAGACAGACCUCUACUUCCUGUCCUGCGACCUGAUCGAUCCAGCGGCGACCCGGUUUAAGCUCUAUCUCAUGGAGCUGGAUAUGCGGUGGGCCAAGGUCGAGGAGCACUGGACGAUGGGCGGUGUGCUCGCUGGCGACGAGGAGAUCGACCGCGGCCUACAGAUGCUCCGUGAGCUGUGGUGCGAGUUUGGAAUUAUCGAGGGCCUACGCGACGAGCCUGAGCGGCCCUCGCAGCCAGGUGAUCCAGAUACCAUUGUUCCCUUCAUACUGAAUUACGAGAUGACUCCCAACGCCCCUCUGCCUGUUCCUAAGUUCUACUUCCCGCUCGUGGGCAUCCCCGAACUGAAGAUUGCCAAAGUGCUUACGGCUUUCUUUGAGCGGCAUGACAUGGCAGACCAGGCGAUGGUCUAUGAGGAGAAUUUGCAGUCAUAUUAG